AUGCAGGGUCCUGGGUUUUAGUAACACUUUAAAUUUCAGGCCCACCUUAUACUACAAUGACGGGCACAAGAUGGUUCUCUCGUUCGGAUAGGACUUCAUAUGACGUCCUUCCAUUCUCACCGCGCAUGUGCGGUUCAGGGAGCGCAGCGCGGUGAUCGCUGGUGCGCUGAGUCCCUUGGACACAGCGGAUCACGGAAAGAGCCGAAGAUGUCGGCUCGGUCAUGUGAUCAGCUGUGUCUAAUCACAGCUGAUCGCAUGUAAACAGGGAAAUGCCGGUUAUCUGCAUUUCUCUCCU